CGAUUAACAAUUGGUAAAACUGUAGAAUUAGAGACCAGAGAACGUGUAGGAACACCGAAUUGUUCAUUUAUUCGUGUCAAACUUUUUGCAGCGAUCAAACCAAUUAGCAAUUAACUUUCAACCCGCCUAACAAAUCAACAAUUCACUGAUAGUCAUGGAUAAAGUUGUUAAAUUCUGCGAACCCGGUCGCGCCUUCGCCAAGGACUCAAUCCGUUUAGUCAAACGUUGCACAAAACCCGAUCGCAAAGAGUUCCAGAAAAUUGCCAUUGCCACAGCUAUUGGUUUCUGCAUUAUGGGCUUCAUCGGUUUCUUUGUGAAACUUAUACACAUUCCCAUCAACAACAUCAUUGUGGGUUCAUAAAAUGUCCAAAUAGAUGCAUUAGCUGUAUUACAUCUUUACAUACAUACAUUCAUAAUUAACUAACGAUAGAUAUUUUACAAUUUCCUCAAUUUUUGUUUGUAUAAACAUUGCAUUGAGUUUAUUAUUUUUUCAUAUAGAAGUAAGAGUGGAUAAAUAUUUGAAAGGGAUUAUUAUAAAUGUUUCACUAUUGCAAUAUCACUCUGAAAUCAUUACAAAAUCUGUAAUAGCAAUUAUGUACACAUGUAUGUGUGUACAUUGUUCGUUCAAGAAGUCCAGAGUAAAGUUAUAGAAUAUCUUUGUUCAACAAUUUUAAUAAAAAAAAAAACAAAGAAAUA